UACAUGGACACAUAUCUUUGUUUGAAAAAUAACAAAGCAACAGAAAUAUGAGAUCAUCCUCUAUCUUCCUCUACUCUUUUGUCUUCAUAUUUUCUCUACUAGUUCCCCUUCAAUGUGUCACCCCUACAGAAAAUAUAUCAGCAGAUAUAAUCAACAAAACAUGCGAAACAUGUGCCCAAAAAACUUCAUCCAACUACAGCUAUGACUUCUGUUAUUCAUCACUUGCUGCAGUUCCUGUUAGCCAUUCCACUGACCUCGCAGGGCUUGGGCUGAUUGCUCUGGAGCUAGCCCUAGAAAAUGCCACCAACACAUUUUGGAUCAUAAGUGGCAUGUUAACCAAAAAUGAGUCUGAUCUUCGCUGCAGCAGUUGUCUGGAGUCCUGCAUGGAGCUAUAUCUAGAAAUGAACAUAAAAUUGGAAGAGAGCAUAGGCGAAUAUGUGUCUGGAAAGAAGCAUGAUGCUAUAUAUUUAUGGGUAAGUGAAAUAAUGCAAGCAACUAACAAAUGUGAAGCAGGCUUCAAGGAGGAGAGUAAUGAAUCUCCUCUUACAAGGGAGAACAAUACCUUAAGUCAGUUGUGUGGCAUAAUCCUGUGUAUUAUCGACCUAAUUAGCUCAGAUUUGAACUCAUGGUCUUAAGCUAGCUUCAAUAAGUAACAUAAAUAGUCUCUAUUAACUUUAUGUUUCUCCACUUAUCUAAGGAAUUGUGUUCUGUUAUCAAUAUUCGCUAAUAAUGCCUCCCAAAUUUAAGCA